UUUAAGCAACCACUAGAACAUCCUGUGUCAGGUUUUGCUGCCCAUUUAUUUCACACUCACACACACACACGCACAGACAGAGCCAGAGAUCAUGGAGAAAAUGAAUGCCACCUUUUACGUUCUUACAAUCUUGGGAGCCCUGCUUAUGCCAUUGCUUGCUCAAGAGUUAAAUACUACAGCCAAUAUUACAACAAAUGGAGAUCUGAACAAGAGCAAUGCUAAUAAUACUCACUCAGAGGCUGUAAGCCAAGGACCCAAAGCAAAUGAUGUUAACCUAACCUCUUCUGAAAGCACCGUCAUUUCAAGCACUCAGAUGGCAGCAGAAGAAGGAACCAGAAAACCAUCUAAUGUUUCUACAACACUCAAGACAACAAAAGGUGUCACCAGUCCUGCAGUGGAACGCAUUACAACCAAGGUGACACCAUCAUCCUCAGGUGGAAAUGGAAAUAACAACAUAACAGUUAAAAGCACUACGACAAAGAAGACAACAUCAGAUCAUUCCAAAAAAACAAAUAAUGGAGCAGUGUAUGUCUUUGUCUUGGUCAUUUUGAUUUUGAUUGUUGUUAUUUUUGGCAUCAUCUACUUCUGUGUUAAACGUCAACGCAAGAGGUUCACUGCAGAUAUAACUGGCAAACAUGAAGACGCUCAGAUUCCACUUGCCUCAGUAGAGCCAGAAAUAUGUGAUAGCUCAUCUAAAGGUGCAGACCUGAAAACUUUCAUGAAAACAAACUCUGAGGAAUCUCCACCGACUGACACCACAGAGAAGACUGAAGAACAAAAAGCCCUAUCUGAAGCUGAUCAGGAGGUUAAGGAAAGCCCGGAUAAGUCUGAAGCUCCUGAUGAGAAGCCGUCUGAGCCGCUAGUGGAUGAUGCAGACCCAGCAGCCUCCACUCAGACCUCUGUGGAAACUCUGAAUGACGUGCUUAAUGAGAACAACAGCAACAACAACGCAGUGCAUGAUGUGAGUGUGUGCUUCAUUGACAUCUGCCUUAACGACUAGAUCUAAGAUGGUCUGAGGCUGAAAAUGCAAUGAUGAAGCAGGGAUGUCUUACAGAAAAACAAGGAAAAUAUGCAAAAAUAAAGCCUAUACAUUAUAUAGCCAAAAUAACCUGACCAUCACACCCAUACGUUCCCCUUCCUCAAAGGUGUGCCAACCUUGGAAGCACACAAAUGUCUUUGAAUGCUGUUGUAUUCAGAUUUUCUUUCACUGGAAAUAAGAAGCUCAAACAUGUUCCAGCAUUACAAUGUUACUGUGCUCAAAGUGACCCCUGACCCCCACUAAACACUGUUGUAAUCAAUUGGAUCUCCAACUGCAUACCACACCUCCUUAUGCAGCAUCAGUCCCUGUCCUCCUGCACUCUUAUAACUGAAUGACCACAAAUCCCCAAUUCUUAAGUGUCUGCAUACUUUUGGCCCUAUUGUGUGCUUGCCAACGUUGUGUUUUAGUACCUUUGUACAUGAUUUCUAUUAAAAAAAACGAAUAGCUGAUUUAUUGAAAAUUAAUACUAUUUGUAUUAGAGUGAGGGUCUUUAUGAUUAUCAUACAGUGUAUUUUUAUAUAGUGUGCACAUAAAUGUUAUAUUAUGGAAAUAUCCGUAGCCUAAUCCAUAUUUCAGACUUAGUAAUAUAAGUAUUUUAGUAAAUUUCAAAUGUUAUUGUUUCUAAUUGUAAAUUGUAUGCAAAAAUGUAUUAUGUCUCUCUAAAACUGAUAUCAGGUAAGCUUUAUUGUUCAGACUUCUUCAUAUAAUAUACAUACUGUUACUUUUUAUGCAUCAUUUCAGUUUUUAUGCACUUGGUUCAUCUGCAAUUUAUAGUUAAAUAAAAUAAAACAUGAACGGUUGCUAUGAUUACCAAAGUUGAUUCAUUUCCCUUAUCCUGAAGCAAUAUUCUAAUUAUUACAGUUUUUACUUAUGGUAAUCAAAUGUUGUAAUCCAUUUACUAGAUUCACAAAUUUACAAAACAAGUGGAUUCAUGUUACCACAGACAGUUGUGAUAAAGUUUCAUUUUAAAUGAAAUGUGUGUUUUCAUGACAUCAAUAAACUUAAAUAUACUUCCCCAUUACCUGUGAGUGUUACAUAAACAUAGGGACUAUGUGCUAAAUAAAG